GUAAGGCUUAAAUCGUCGAAAAUGAAUCGGCAGCAUUUGUACUCCAGAUCGGUAGAAAAUACUAAUUGUGACUUCGAACCAAAUGAUACGUUGUGCAAAUUACAAAAUUUGACUGCCGACUCGGUUAGUUCCAAAGAAAUACCUAACAACCGCAAUUCAGGUCGAUCCCUACCGUUCAGUAUUGAUAAUAUCUUGUGUAGCAACAAUGACGCUCACCUUUAUUGCAUGAAACCAAAUAGUACACCUCUAAAAAAUAUGACACCAGCUGUGAACAAUGCAAAUAUCUCUUCAACCAAAUUUGAAAAGGGUGAACAUUGGAGUAAUUCGCACAAUGCGCUUUCCAGGUCCUUUCCGGUUCUACAAGGAAUGGAUAUAAUUGAAAAAGAUAAUUUGCUCAACCCAUUUAAAACAUCGUUUCAAAUAUCACAAUCAAAUUUGCAAUACCCACUAAAGCUUUCAAUACCUCCAUAUUUGCAUCACUUUAUAAGUGUUCAAGGAAAACGUUUGCGAAAACAAGGCAUUGAUAGAAAGCCGCGACAAGCAUACAGCGCGAAACAGCUCGAUCGUUUAGAAAGUGAGUUCAAGACGGACAAAUACCUUAGCGUUACAAAACGUAUGGAGCUCUCGAAAUCAUUGUCGCUUACUGAAGUUCAAAUUAAAACCUGGUUCCAGAACCGCAGAACGAAAUGGAAGAAACAACUGACAUCUCGUCUGAAAAUAGCUCAAAGACAUGGCUUGUACAAGUGUGACAUGUAUUUUUCAGCGAUAUCAACGCCAGCUACCAAUUCAUCAGCCUGUUCAAGCUUUCAUCCCUCGUUCUAUGCUGAUCCCCAACUAUGCUUUCUAAAACCAUUUUAA